AUGUCUGAUUCAUCUUCAAUCUCAGAAAACUUAUGUGAUCAAUUCAGUGCCUUUCAUCUUAGGGACUAUGAUUGUACUAAACCAUUAGAUAUCUACAAGAGUCCACCUACACAUCUUACACAUGAAGCUUCGGUUCAAACUGAUGCUAAAUUUGAUCACUUUGUCUACAGAGAGGUUACUAGAUGUUUGAGGGAAGCCACAAUUGUGAAAUUAGAUUAUGAUCUAUUUCAUGUUUCAUACUUGUUAUCAGUGAAAAACCAAUCAACAGACCUCAAACUUAGUUUACAAACAACAAUUGCUAGUUUCAAACCUCCAAAUCCUCCACCAACCGUCUCAAGUCAUCAAAGAUUACUUGGAAUGGCUGAGUAUCUAUUAAAUUUAAUUGAAAAUUAUGAAAAGAACCCAUCACUUGAUCUUCCUACACCUUUCUGUCUUAGAUUUCCUACUUGA